AUGCGGCAGAAGAUGUCCUUCAGCCAACAGCAAGACAUGGCAAGAUCGACUGGGUUGCAGGAGCUACGGCAUAGCCAUGAUAUGACCGUCCAGUCCGAGUCGCUUCUGUUUUGUCCAUUCAAGUCUGCUGCGGCGAAGACCACCAACCGACCAGCAAUUACCACUGAAGGCUCGAGAAUGCAGGUCCAAGUAGUUCCGUCGCCCAAGACUCAGUAUCCAGAAUUGCCGACGAUUGCAAAUCACAAGACCGUCCCAUCUCUUGCAGCAGCUUAUGAAGAUCCUCAAGACGACGUCGAGAUGGAGGCCGCCCGACACUUCCCGUCCACUUCUCUCCUUCACUGCCGGAUGGCCUCUACCAUCAACGCUCUCCAUUCUUGA